AUGAGGUACCGCCCAUCAUCCACGCUUCUUCUUCCUCUUCUUCCUCUUCUUCUACUACUACUGAUCAGCACGACGGGUUACGGUAGGUGAUCGCAUUCGCUUUCGGUGGCCUAGAAUCCGACAAGGCCACCGCCCGAGAAAAAAGUGUGUAGAAAAGGAAGGCGUUGAAAAGACUUGUCUCGGUUAAUACGUGCGAAUCGAUCUCCGGGGACCACGGCCGCGAGAGUUUCGAACACUUUUGAUUUGUUUACAACACCCUCACACUUUACUUUUCAUUCGGUCCCCCGCGCAAAAAAAGUGAGUCUACAAUAGUUGCAAAAGUUCGGCCACUGUCGAACUAGGAAUGGAAUGGCCCGCACUUACCUUCGGGGCUUUUGGAAUGGGACCUAUAUGAUUCGAAAGAAAAUUUUACGGAGAAUCCGAAUCUGCUCUCCAUUUUUUUAAGUUCAUCUUCGGCGACGUGUAUCUCAAGAACCACGCGUCCGUUGCAAAAGUGGUCAACUAGUAAGUUAACGCAAAUUAUCUCGUAAAUAACUUUGUAGUUGAUCGUCUAUUUUUAAAAAAAUUAGUUUUCGAGUUAUCGUCGCUCUGACCCCAGCACUAACUUUUUUCUUGUCGCUCUAGGAAAACAGUUCAUAACUCGAAAACUAAUUUUUUUUAAAAUAGACGAUCAACUACAAAGUUAUUCACGAGAUAAUUUGCGUUAACUUACUUGUUGAUCACUUUUGCAACGGACGCAUGGUUCUUGAGAUACAGGUCGCCGAAGAUGAACUUGCUCGGAAAAUGUGGCAGAAACAGGCAGAUUUUCUUUUUCUCGCCAGCCAGUGCUCUUUAGCAAAAAUGGAUAGAAGAUUCGGAUGGAUUCUCCGUGAAAUUCUUUUUCGAAUCAUAUCGGUCCCAUUCCAAAAGCCCCGAAGGUAAGUGCGAGCCAUUCCCUAGUAAGCCGCCCACCCAGUAUCUUUUCAGUGUCGGCGUCGGACGAUGAGGAACGGCUGAUGGUCGACGUGUUCCGCGGCUACAAUUCGCUUAUUCAGGUGGCCUAGAAAACUCUUCGGCCCCCGGAAAACUAGUCCCUCUCAAUUUCAGCCGGUCCGAAACUCAUCGGAACUGCCGCUCAUCGUCAAAAUGGCGUUGCAGUUGGUGUUGCUCAUCAACGUGGUACGUUUUAAUCGGAUUCCUUGCGUCGCCUAACCACAUUUCGCACAAUUUAGGACGAAAAGGAUCAAGUCAUGCACACAAACGUCUGGCUGACACUGGUAACCGGAGAGGGACUAGUUUUGGGUUUCUAGGCCAUCCAAUUAUUGUAGCAAUGGCACGAUUUCCAAAUGAAGUGGAACCCGGUCAACUAUGGCGAGAUCAAGCAGAUUCGCGUGUCGCCCGACAAAGUCUGGCUUCCCGACAUUGUCCUCUUCAACAAGUGAGCAAACGAACGGUGGCCUAACUUUUUCCCCAAACGGUGACCGAACUUUUGCAGCGCCGACGGCAACUACGAAGUCUCGUUCAUGUGCAACGUCGUCAUCGAUCAUCAGGGCGACAUGCUCUGGGUUCCGCCCGCCAUCUACAAGAGCAGUUGCAUUAUUGGUGGGUGGCCGUGUGGCCGAGCAGGAGAAAGUUCGGCCAUCGACAAUUUGAGCACAUUUUCAGACGUCGAGUUCUUUCCGUUCGACGAACAAGUCUGCACACUCGUUUUCGGCAGUUGGACGGUCGGUUUAACGACCCAUUUUCUGAAAAAAUUUGUCUAAUUUUGUAAAAGUUCAACGUGUUUGGCCUAGUUUUCAUAGAUUUGACCUACUUUUCAAGGGAUCCACGGUCUCUAGAGCUGAAAAUAUGGGCGUGGCCUCGGCGGCAAAAUGGCGUUUUUAUGAAUUGAGCAGAUUUUCUCUGAUUUUUGUCGUGAACGGCGAUGAAAAAUGAUUGCUCGACAUGAAAACACACUAAUUCUCAGAAUUAAUGACGUUUUCGCGCAUUUUUCACGAAUUUCGCGGAUUUCUCUUUUUUGCCUUCGCCGCCGAUCGCCGCCUAAAAACCGCACUUCUCAUUUUGCGCUUUCUUGACCGUUUUCCGACAGAAUUGGUUUUGAGAAUGAUAAAUCACGUAAAUACAAGCAUUUUGAGCGCUCGAACCGCGAAAAUUACCGAAAAGCAACUGAAAUUCACGCAGUUUUAGCCCAAAACCUUCAAACGAACAAAUGUGAUUUGCGACUUGACCAAAUUUAACGCACUUGCGCUUAAGAAAUUCGUAAUAGCCUAUACAAUCGGUGUAUCGAGAGAAAAAUGAGAAAUUAUCGAUUUUUCGUGGCUAAUCUGGCGAAAAACACUAAUUUUGCUGUUAAAUUUGAAUUUCGCGCCAAUGUAUCGCUCUAUUGCGCGGGGCCAUUGUCAGCUCUGGAGACCGUGGUAUCUCAUUCUUUUUUUGAGAGAUUUGCUCUGAUUUUAACAAACUUGGCCUACAUUCAAAUCAAUUUCAAUGCAUUUUCAGUACAACGAGAACGAGAUCAAGCUGGAAUUCGUGCAGGCGGAGCUGGUGGACGUGUCCGAGUACUCGGCCAGCUCCAUCUGGGACGUCAUCGACGUGCCGGCAUCGCUCGUGAACAAGCGCUCGCGGAUAGAGUUCCAGGUGCGGAUCCGCCGCAAAACGCUCUUCUACACAGUGGUGCUCAUCAUUCCGACCGUCCUGAUGGCCUUUCUCAGCAUGGCCGUCUUCUUCCUGCCCACCGAUUCGGGUCAGUUUUGCCGCUACGAUGGUCCGCAACGACGUUUUCAGGCGAAAAGAUCACGCUGACCAUCUCUGUCCUUCUCUCGAUCGUCGUCUUCUUGCUGCUUGUGUCGAAGAUCCUGCCGCCCACGUCGUCCACGAUUCCGCUGAUGGCCAAGUACCUUUUGCUCACUUUUGUGCUCAACGUCAUCACGAUUCUCGUGACCGUCAUCAUAAUCAACGUAUACUUUCGGGGCCCGCGAACUCAUCGAAUGCCCCACUGGGUUCGCGUCGUCUUUUUGCAGGUGAACCAUUUUUUUUAAAUAAUAAAUUAGUCAAGUUUGAGUUGAGCGGAAGAACUCAACACGGAAGAACACGGAAGAAUUUUUAUAUUUUUUAGAAAAUUUUUUCAUGAAAUGUGAUCAACUGACGAAAUGUAUAGCAAAGUGUGCUCUGCUCAUAGAAAAAUAUUUGUAAACUUAACUUUUCAUACAAAAAAGUUAUUCCUUCCGUCUUCCGUUAGCCCCCUUUUUCACGGAACAACUCGAAUAACUUUUUUGUAUGAAAAGCUAAAUUUACAAUUAUUUUUCUAUGAGCAGACUUAACUUUGCUAUACAUUUCGUCAGUUGAUCACAUUUCAUGAAAAAAUUUUCUAAAAAAGAUAAAAAUUAUUCCGUGUUCUUCCGUUGAGUUCUUCCGCUCAACUUGUCGAGUACUGUAGCGUUGAGGGCCCCUAUCUUUAACGGACCACCGUACCAUUCGUAGGCGUCGUAUCAAAAAGUGAUCAACUAGAAAAAUAAAGGGCAAGACGUCAAGAGUGCCCCAAACAAUUUUUUAGGCCGAUUGCACGUCUUUCAACGCUACAGUACUCGUCUAAAGUUGGUGAACUCGCUACAGCGUACGGUCAGCACCAACUUUAAAGGGCCACAGUAUCCUUCGUAGAAAUCCUUUCGAAAAGUGAUCAACUGAAAAACUGUAGUACAAGAUACGAACUUUUUCAUUAAAAAAUUCUGAGCUCGAAAAAAAAACGACUCCAGACACUACAUCACCCAACUUUUCAGUACCUGCCCAAACUGGUGUGCAUGAAGCGGCCGAAAUCGGUGUCCGAGCGGAGUGCGGUCCGUUCGGGAAUGGCCCAAUUGCCCGGAGUGGGCCAGUUCACCCUCUCCCCGUCGGCACAUCAUCCGUUGUGCCCGUCGGCCGACGAGCGGACCGCCAUCAUCCGGAAUCCGGAAGUUAACGAGACGUCCGCCUACUAUCCGCUGAGCACCGAUGCUCUCAGAGCCAUCGACGCCAUCGAGUACAUUACGGAGCACUUGAAGAGGGACGAACAACACAAAUCGGUGGGCUUUCGCUAGAAGAGCUAGAGAAAAAGUCUUAGAGACACGGAACCCCAGCAUUCCAAUGCGCAAGCGAGUUGUCAAUGGGGCGCGCUUGCAUCCACCGUCGACUCGGAGUUUCUUUUUUCAAUUGAAAGCCGGAAUUCUUUCGUUUUUCUCUUAAUAAACACUCAAAUUUUGUUCUUUGCGAACCGUAGGGCGAUUUUCCGAGUUAAAAGCAUCGAUUUAAGCGCGAAACGGAGCAGAUUAGUUCAGAAUUGACCAAAUUGAGGGAUUUUGUCAAAAACUACUGAAAAAACGGAGUUUUAACGAUUAUUCGAGUUCGGACACUGGCAUUCGAACCGUCAAGUCAACAAGGAGUUUAUUUCGCAUCUUUUAAGCGCUCAACCGUCGAAAAGUAUACAGAAUUGAGAUAAUUGAGGCAAAUUUUCGAUUCCAAAAGGAAAAAAUUCUGUAAUUUUCACAUAAAACGUUUCGAAAUUGAUGACGAAGCAGUUAAAAUUUUAUUUUCUAUUCAUUUCUAAUCAUUAUCAUAAGUUUUGACACUGAUUGGUUCUGAAAAGAUGGGGAUAAUGCAAAAAAAGGGAAAAUUGAAGUGAGAAACUCUUCUACAACGACGCUCCGGAAUUACGCGUUACGCGCCUUGUUUAGCGCACGUGAAUGGCGUCCCAAGGGAAUUUUUUAUUGGAAGGCUGGCUGGGGUUCCGUGAGAGACAAAGUUACUGAGCACACAAUUUCCGAUCGAAUCGCACUAAUCGCACACACUAACUGCCUUACUUUUUCAACAAAAAGCCGUUUUAGUUCCGCGACGACUGGAAAUACGUGGCAAUGAUCAUCGACCGUCUCCUUCUCUACGUCUUUUUCGGGAUUACGGUAGGCGGCACGUGCGGCAUCCUCUUCUCGGCGCCAUACGUCUUUCAAAGUGAGUGCGCGGCCGAGAAAAAGCUAGGCCACACAGUGUCGGAUUUCAGGAAUCGAUCAGCAGGAAAUGUUGGAUCGGCUCAAGGAAAAGUACGAGUCGACUUCGAACGCACCAUAA